UGUACUGAUCAAUAACAUUUAAUAUUUCAAGGAAAUAUAUUUCAUCAUUUUAUUACAAAAUCUCUUAGCAAAAUGUAAACAGAGGCACACCAAUGCACAGCACUACUACAGUUGUUCAGCCAUAUUGGUUGCAUUCAAAAUGGCGCCAUAUUGAAACUACAGUGCGCUACAUAGGGUGUCGAAGCCAUUGUUUUAUACUCCAUGUAGUGCACUUUUACAGAAGUUAGGGAUUAUUUGGGAUUCAGCCGAUUAGCAGACCGCCUACUCUAUGACGUGUUACCCAAGGAUAGGCGUGAGCAGCUCGCCGUUUUCUCAACGCGGGAAGUUAAGAAUAUUCAAGUCAUAUUUUUUAUUUAAAAAGAUUUACGCUGCUUGUAGGAUUAUAUUUAAAAGAAACGUAAGAUUCCACAGCAGUAGAAACACCGGUACUGACUUUCUCUGACUCCUGGAACUACAUGACUACUAUCUUAGCAAGAGGAGCAAAUGAGCAUGGAUGCUAACUCUAACCAGCUAACCAGCUAACUAAGUUAUUAUUGUGCAAUGCGGCAGCCGGCUGCUAACAACAAAGUGUGUUUAAACCAUAUGUGACAGCUGAAAUCAUUAACCUGCCCGCUAUAUGCACAAUAAUUCAGGACGUUAGUAAACACAGAUUCACAUGGAACAUUGUAAUGAGAGAGAAGACAAAAAGCACACAGCUAGCAUGUGUUUUGGACAGUAUCACUACACUGCUGAGGAGUACCAGGCCAUUCAGAAUGCUCUUCAACAGAAGCUCGGACCUGAAUAUAUUAGCACUCGGCAGGCAGGAGGAGGACAAAAGGUGUGUUAUAUUGAGGGUCACAGGGUCAUCAGUCUGGCUAAUGAAAUGUUUGGCUACAAUGGCUGGUCUCACUCAAUUUCACAACAAAAUGUUGAUUUUGUGGACCUGAUUAAUGGGAAAUUUUAUGUUGGAGUCAGUGCAUUUGUGAAAGUUCAGUUAAAGGAUGGCUCAUUCCAUGAAGAUGUGGGCUAUGGAGUGAGUGAGGGUCUCAAAUCCAAGGCGCUGUCUCUGGAGAAGGCGAGAAAAGAAGCUGUUACAGAUGGGCUGAAACGAGCACUGAAGUGCUUUGGAAAUGCUCUUGGAAACUGCAUCCUUAACAAGGAGUAUCUGAUGGCAGUCAGUAAGAUUCCCAAGCAGCCCCUUUCACCUUUAGACCCACACAAGACGAAGCGCAGAGAUAAUGAGCCGGCGGUGGAGAAGGCUCGCUACAACAGCCUGUCCCAUACUGACUCCAGGGCUUUCAGUAAUCCGGCUGAAGCAGUACUGAACUCUCCAUUAGUACAGCCUGGAAUCCAACCAGUGCCUGCAGUGCUGCAGAACACUGUGAGCUCCAGGAACCCAAUCCCAAAUAUGACAUCACAUUCAGCCAACACUUUGGCUCAACAGGACCGUGAAAACGGGUCCACAGACAUGUCCAGAUCAUCAACGGACAUGGCUGACUUGUCCUGCUUUGACCCUGCGCUGGACUCUAAGCAACAGAGGAAGCUGAGGCAGCAGCAGCUGCAGCAGAAGUUCAGACAGGAGAUGGAGGCCAAGAAGAUGCAGCAGGGGAAAGGGCCACCAAAGACCGAACCCACAGCAUGUCAUCCUAACCCAGGCCAGGCUUUGGGUCCAAUUAAACACAGCACGCCUUCUGGACAUGAAAUGCUGGUCAAGAAGGAAGAAUGUAUGAGUGAUGACCCAGAGUUGUGGGACUUUACUCUGGAUGGCAUCGAUAUGCUUGAUGAUCCAAUGAAAGAUUCAUCAGGGCUGCCUUGUCCUGCUACACCGAGUGAACACGCAAUGUUGACACGUAGUAAAACUCCCCAGAGAUCCACUUCACUGAGGCCACCGCUUCGGCCGCACGACCAUCAGGAGCAAGGAGGAGCCACGAACUAUAGACACAAUAAUUCAGCAGCCCAGAACACAGCUAGAGGAACAUGUCUGCAGAGCCCUUACCGACAAGAACAGUACAUGAAGAAAAGGAAGCUCGAGCCUUGAACUUAUUUUAGUACUUAUUGGACAUUUUAUGUUUUGUUGAAUUUUGUUUAUUGCAUGUUUUUUUUUUGUACAGAAUUGUUGUGUUAAUAAAUAUUUAACAUUUGUUA